AUGGCUCAAUUGAAUUUACCACUUCAUAUAAUUGCUCAACCAAAAGUAUCACAUCGUGAAAGAUAUUUAUGUGAAAUAGAUCGUACUCGUAACCAAGCACAACGUUUUAUUCGUGCUGAAACUAAUCCGUAUCAUUUAGACUAUCCAACAGUAGAAAUACCGAACCACUGGGAUAGUCAAAGUUUAUAUAUUCGUGUAACUUUAGUCACUGUACCCAGCGAACAAGUGCCUGUAACAUGCAUACAUCCUUAUCCAAUUGAUACUUCAGAAUUAAAUGUUAUAAAAGAUGCAGUAAGAAAUACACUUUAUUUUCCAAUAUCAGAGGAAGAGUUAACGAAUGGUCGCAAGAGUUUUCGAAUUACUCGUAGAAAAUUAACUCUACCUGACUUAAGAAAUUAUGGACAAUUGCGUCUUUUGAAGGAAGAUGAAAAAGAUUUUCCACGUACAGAUAAUCCGCAUGAUGUUCGAAGAAUAAUCGAUAUUUAUCAAUUAGGAAAAUCGCAAUUACUUUUUUCUAUGGCUCAACUAGUUCAGGAUGAUCUAUUACCAAUUAUCUAUGACGUCACAUCUGUACUUUCUCAUAUAAUGACUGCUAUUAUAGCAACACAUAUAAAAAAUCCCGAAUCAUUUGUUAGAUGUGUACCAAAGAAAGGUCGUUGGAGUGGUGGUGAUAAUAUUUUAAUGGUUAUUCCAAAACUUGAUAAAAGAAAAACAUGUCAAGUAUAUUUUGAAGGUUCGUCAUCAAAUGAGAAAAGUCAGAUUAAUAUCGAAUUUGUUGAUAUGAAAACAAUUGCAUUUACAACUCCACCAUGUCCUAUACAAGCAUUUGGAAAUCAAAAUAUAGAAAUUCCAAUAGUUGUUAGUCAAAGUGGUGAAGAAAUUGCACGUGUUAAUUUUCUAUAUCAAUCAUGUGAUCGAUGUUCGAAUUGUGAUAUUGAUGCUAUGUUAGAAUCUUUCGACUCAUCAGACAGUGAUGAAUUAUCUUCAACAUUGGAUAUGUCUUUAGAUGAAGCUGAUUUUUCUCAAUCAUGA